AUGCAAUACCUCCGCUCCGGUCUCGACCAGCUUCGUGACCGCUACGCCCCUAUCCGACAUACCUCCACCUUCCGCAAUACAGGCCAGAUCACACCAGAAGAAUUCCUUCUCGCAGGCGACUACCUGGUCUAUAAAUUCCCCUCGUGGUCCUGGGCUGACGCCUCGAGUCCUGCGCGACAGGUCAGCUAUCUGCCCGCCAAUAAACAAUUUCUCGUCACAAGGGGUGUUCCGUGUCAUCGAAGGCUGGAUGAGAAUUUUGCAGGUGGACAUGGCGCCGCGGAUGAUCUCGUCAGGGAUGGAUUUCUAGGUGGCCCAGAUGAGGAGACGGGUGGCGGUGAAGAUGAUGGCUGGUUAAGGACGGGAGGGACCACGGAGAAGGAACAAGAAGGCUUGAGGGCGGAAGUGAGGACUAUGAGUGAGAGCGGCCAACUUGGCCAAAAAGCGACCGAGGAAGAGGACGAGGAGGAAAUUCCUGAUAUGGAGGAUGAGGACGACGACAAUGAGGCUAUCAUAAGAGAUAAGACCGAAGGUACAUCUACGCCUCUUCGAACAUACACCCUCUACAUAACUUACACACCCUACUAUCGCACUCCGCGCAUGUACCUCUCCGGGUACCUCUCUCCCAGCGAGCCUCUGCCGCCACACCUCAUGAUGGAAGACAUCGUCGGCGACUACAAAGACAAGACCGUCACAUUGGAAGACUUCCCCUUCUUCGACAAUAGCGUGAAAAUGGCGAGCAUUCACCCUUGCAAACACGCCAGCGUGAUGAAGAUCCUCCUUGACCGUGCGGACGUGGCCCUGAAGCUUCGACUAGAAAAACAAAGAGUCACUGGCGACGCCGCAAACAUCUCAGGUAUGGAAGGUCUGAUUGACGACACGGCAAAUCUCAGACUUGCCGAGCAGAAGCGGGGCCAUGAAGCGGGGGUGAAGGCGGCCAGUGGUGGUGCCGGAGACGAGUGGGAGGUGUUGGAUGAGCAAGACAGCAAAGAAGAUGAGAGCGAGAAGGUGGCGAUCCGGGUGGAUCAGUAUCUGGUCGUGUUUUUGAAGUUCAUGGCGAGCGUAACGCCGGGGAUCGAGCAUGAUUUUACGAUGGGAGUCUGA